AUGGCUACCCAGGUCCACCAGCUUUCGCUGGGCCCCCUCACCGCUCACUCCUUCAAUGCUGACCGCACCAAAGUUGCCGUCUCUCCCAACUCGAACGUCGUCCACAUCUACGCUCAAUCUCCUUCCGGAUGGACACUCGAGCACACGCUCGCUGAGCACGACAAGCUUGUCACUGGUAUCGACUGGGCCCCUCAGUCCAACCGCAUCGUCACCUGCUCCCAGGACCGCAACGCUUACGUCUGGCAGCUCCAGCCCGACUCGCAGACCGGCGCUCAGGUGUGGAAGCCCACCCUCGUUUUGCUGCGUCUCAACCGCGCUGCUACUUUCGUCCGUUGGAGUCCAAGCGAGGACAAAUUUGCCGUUGCUUCGGGUGCACGUAUCAUCAGCAUCUGCUCGUUCGAAGAGGACAACGACUGGUGGGUUGCCAAGCACAUCAAGCGUCCCUUGAGGUCGACGGUUCUCUCGCUCGAUUGGCACGAGAACAAUGUGCUCCUCGCUGCUGGAUGUGCCGACAUGAAAGCGAGGGUGUUCAGCGCCUACAUCAAGGGCGUGGAUGCUAAACCUCCUCCGAGCGUCUGGGGUGAAAGACUGCCUUUUGGAACUGUCUGCGGCGAGUACUCCACCCCCAGCGGUGGAUGGGUCGAAGGCAUCAGCUUCAGCCCUAGCGGCGAUGUUCUUGCCUUUGUUGGUCACGACUCCAGCUUGACCGUUGUAUACCCCAGCGGUCCCGAACAGCCCCCUGCCGCAGUGCACGUCAUUCGCUCUCCCACCCUCCCUUACGUCACACUGACGUUCGUGAGCGAGAACCAGCUCAUCGCAGCAGGUCACGACUGCCAACCCGUCCUCUUCCAAGGAGAGGCUCAAUCCGGCUGGUCCAUCGUCAAAUCGCUCGAUGCGGCCGGAGCAGCCGCUUCGAAAGGUGCACCACCUCCUCCUCCACCCAAGGCUCCCGGCCUGGCUGGUCCAGGUAGACUCAACAACGAAGCUUUCAACAGGUUCAAAUCUGCCGACAGUCGCGGUGGAUCCUCUUCGCCCGCAGUGCUCACCCCGGGUGGAGGUGCAAGUGUCGCUGGUGCACUCGGGGCUGUCGCAGGCGCCAGCGUUGGUGCGGAUGGCGAGCUGCACACUACCCACCAGAAUACUAUCACCAGCGUCAGACCCUUUUCGGGGGGUAAGGGUGCGGUGGACCAGGUCAGCACUUCCGGCGUCGAUGGUCGACUGUGUGUCUUUUCCGUUGCUCAGGGUACGCCUGUAGGCGGUAUUCAAAAGGGUCUGAGUAGCUUGCAGAUCUGA